AAUCACGAUUCACUCCGCAGCAGAUUCUCUCUUGGAAGUGGCGUUACAAAUCGUUUAGCGAGAGGCUCCAGUUUGAUAGAAAAUGUAGCUAUAAAACUGCCCUUAAAAUAGCUGUAAAGGGAAUUUCAGUCAACGUUUUCUCAAUGAAGGGACUGUGAAGUACCAUCACAUUUUAAGGAAGUUUAGAUUUACUUACAAAACACGAUAACAGCUGCUUGAACAUUGCCCAAGAGUCGUGUCCAGCGGGAGUUUUUGAACACACGGACAGCGAGUUUGAGGCGAUUUGGUUUAUGGAACGUGCCAGUUCAGGAAAAAAUGUAGCUAGCUAGCUUAACGUUAGCUAUUAGGCUAUACACAUAUCGCGUGUCCUUUUGUUUUAGCUCGGAAGGAUCAAGCUGUGUUUAUGCAGCUGGCGUGGAAGACACCGGCAGGAGGAGAAAACAGUGGUGAAAAGCGACAGUGAUAACCCGAAAAACAUCUCAUCUCCAGACACCGGCUACUCCUGCGGUGAGUCAGUAUCAUGGAGGCAGGCAGUGGGGCUGCUGCAGCAGUGGGGAGUGCAGCUCUAGGACUGCUCGGCGCCACGGAAGCAGCCAGCCAUGACAUCUCCGACAGGGGCCUGAGGCCAGGACGUCACCCAGAGGAGGACGACAUAGUGCCUGAGCUGGCCCGCCUGGUCUACCCCCGAGAGAGACCUGACUGGGAGGAGACCAUCAGCGCCAUGGCGCGGAGUGCUGAGGUCCCCGAGCUGAGCACCGAGACUCUCCUGCGCUCCUGCAGCAGCACGGCCAGCAUGAAGGUCAAGAACGUCAAGAAAUUGUCCUUUACCAAGGGCCACUUCCCCAAGCUGGCCGAGUGCGCCCACUUCCACUACGAGAACGUGGACUUUGGUGCCAUCCAGCUUUCACUCGCGGAUGAACAGAGCGAAUUGACACGGAAUGGCUUUGAGUCCAAAGAGCUGCAGUACUUGGUCCAGAUCUACUGCCAGGGCCGGAACUGGAUUGUGAAGCGCAGCUAUGAAGAUUUUCGUGUCCUGGAUAAGCACCUGCACCUCUGCAUAUAUGACCGCCGCUUCUCGCAGCUGCCGGAGGUGCCUCGAUUUGACAGUCUGAGUGAUCGCACCGAGGCAGUUUCCCAGAUGCUGAUGGCUUACCUCUCCCGCCUCACAGCUAUCGCUGACAACAAGAUCAACUGUGGGCCUGCCCUCACAUGGAUGGAGGUUGAUAACAAAGGCAACCACUUACUGGUCCACGAGGAGUCCUCCAUCAACGUGCCCGCCAUCGCCGCCGCCCAUGUCAUCAAACGCUACAUUGCCCAGGCCGCCGACGAGCUCUCCUUCGAGGUUGGGGACAUCGUGUCUGUUAUUGACAUGCCCCCCAAAGAGGACACCACAUGGUGGAGGGGCAAGCACGGCUUUCAGGUUGGCUUCUUUCCCAGUGAGUGUGUGGAGCUGAUAAACGACAAGGUGCCGCAGUCCGUCACCAACUCGGUGCCAAAACCAGCAUCCCCCUGCUCGGGUCUGCGGCCUGCCUCCUGGAGUCUCUUCCCACCCUAUUUGGAGAUGGAGAGUGUAAAGCAGGACAGUGCAUGGGUGGCCGACCCAUUAAACCACUACAGCCUGAGCUCAGUGUCUAAGAAGCACGGGAAGCUGAUCACGUUCCUGCGCACCUUCAUGAAGUCCCGGCCUACCAAGCAGAAGCUGAAGCAGAGGGGAAUCCUCCGGGAGAGGGUGUUUGGCUGUGACUUGGGAGAGCACCUCCUCAACUCGGGCCACGAUGUUCCCCAGGUACUCAAGAGCUGCACGGAGUUCAUCGAGAAACAUGGCGUGGUGGACGGCAUGUACCGCCUCUCUGGAAUCGCCUCCAACAUCCAGAAACUACGGCAUGAGUUUGACUCGGAGCAGAUCCCCGACCUGACCAAAGACGUGUACAUCCAGGACAUCCACUGCGUGGGCUCAUUGUGCAAGCUCUACUUCCGCGAGUUGCCCAACCCCCUGCUCACCUAUCAGCUCUACGAGAAAUUCUCCGAGGCCGUGUCAGCAGCGACAGACGAGGAGCGGCUCAUCAAAAUACAUGAUGUCAUUCAGCAGCUGCCGCCUCCGCAUUACAGGACUCUGGAGUUCCUCAUGAGGCACCUGUCCCAACUGGCCACCUUCAGCUACAUCACCAACAUGCACAGCAAGAACCUGGCCAUCGUCUGGGCCCCCAACCUACUGAGGUCCAAGCAGAUAGAGUCGGCCUGCUUCAGCGGCACGGCAGCCUUCAUGGAGGUCCGCAUCCAGUCGGUGGUGGUGGAGUUCAUACUGAACCACGUAGACGUCCUCUUCAGCCCCAAGCUCAGCUCGCUCAUACGGGAGGGAGCAGGACACAACUCGUUGUUGCGGCCCAAGUCCCUGCUGGUGUCGUCCCCCUCCACCAAGCUGCUGACCCUGGAGGAGGCCCAGGCCCGGACCCAGGCACAGAUCAACUCCCCCGUCACGGCCGAUAGCAAGUACAUUGAGGUGGGGGAGGGUCCGGCUGCGCUGCAGGGCAAGUUCCACACCGUCAUCGAGUUCCCUAUGGAGAGGAAAAGGCCCCCCAUCAAGUCCAAGAAGUCGCCGGUGGGAAACUGGCGCUCCUUCUUCAAUCUGGGCAAGUCAUCGUCCAUGUCCAAGCGCAAGCUGCACCGCAACCCCAGCGAACCCAGUGAGCUCAAGGCCAUGGCCCUGGCAGGAGGCAGAGGGGAUACGGGGACACUCCGAUCGGCCAAAAGCGAGGAGUCGCUCACCUCGCUACACAACGUUGAAGGAGAGUCGAAGGUGUACCGUCCUCGGCGGCCCCGCUCCAGCAGCGAUGCCCUCUCGGCUUCCUUCAACGGUGACCUGCUGGACAGCCACACCCGGCAGCACUGCAACUCCGAUGACAAUCUGGCCCAGAGCCACAGCGGGGGCGCCACCCGCGACGGGGGGGACAGCGAUGGGGACGACGGGCCCAUCUAUGUUCCAGCCCUGAUUUCGCCCCCACGUUCAGCCGGCGAGGACGUGGACCUUAGCCCCCCAGACAUCGGCAUGGCUUCGUUGGACUUUGACCCCAUGUCGUUCCAGUGCAGCCUGCCCGACGGCUCCUUCUCCUUCCCCCUGGGGCUGAGCGAUGUCGCUACGGGCGCAGCUGGCGAGGGCACCAACCUGAAGAGGAGCCCAGGCAGCAUUGACAACGGCUCGGCGCUCGUCUCUCCCUCCUUCCUGGGGAAGUUCGCCAACCCCUUCUUGUCGCCUGACCUCAGCCCGGCCACGGGAGAGAAAGCAGGGAGCAAGAAGCUGGUCUGCUCAGUGUCUUUCUCUGACAAACCCGUACAGGCUAUGUCCCCUAAAAAGUCAAAGUCGGACAUUUUGGCUCCUCUGGCCAUUUCAGAGCCGUUUGACAUGGAGAUUUCUAGUAGGCUUACAGAAAGCCAUGGUGUUCCCCAGCCUUCUUCCCCUCCCUCGGGACUGCCCUGGGACUCUCCUCUGUUAAUGCGUUCAGUGCUGCUAAGGACAGGGGAGCCGUCACUGAGCGAGGCCUUUCAGAUGGAGCUGCACUGUAAGCUCUCUGCCUACGACACUGAGAGCCAAGACUCCACAGGGGAGGAGAGCACUGCCCAGCAACCUCCAGCAACCAAUAGCAAGGAACAAUUAGGAGCCGUAGCUAGUCUGGACUCUCCAAAAGCCUCCCCCGGCCCUCUCAGCUCCUCCUCUGUGUCCCUCCUCCCUCCCCCGCCCCCUCCGAAGAACGCCGCCCGCAUGUUGGCCCUGGCCCUGGCAGAGUCCGCCCAGCAGGCCUCUAUCCUGACCCAGAAGAGGCCCUCCCAGUCCCAGCCGCCCACGCCAGUGUCCCCCAUUAGACCCCUGGAGCCCUCACACUCCCUGGACUGGCCCCCUCCCCCAGCUCUGCGCCCCCAGAUGUCCCUCGAGGAGGGACCCAGGGCAGGAGAUGCCCAGACCCCAACCUUAACCCCCACCACCCCAAACCUUGCCCCUUCCUCCCCUCCCCCUCCCACCACCCCUACUGACAAACAGCCUUGCCAGUCAGUGAGCCAUGAGUCCAUCAGUGCAAAGUCCCCCUCCACUUCUCCCGGAGCCAGCCAGGAUAUGGAUUUCACCCCACCGGCUUCCCCCACCACCAGUGUACCACCACUCCCUACAGCUCUCCAGCUCAUGUGUCCCCUACUCGGAGGAGUCCAGACAGGCAGCAGCCCGCCAUGGGUCCAUGUAGAUGAGACCGUCUGGUCGCCAUCUCCGAAACCCUCAGAGCAGCGAGUUGCAGUUCCACAGCCUCAAAUACAGUUCCAUACUCAUCCACAAGCCCAGCCACAGUCGCAGCCUCAUCCCCAGUCCCACUCCCAUCCCCAGCCUAACGCCAGAGUGGUCCCCACCCCAUCCGAGCCAGUGGCGAGACCAUGGGAGGCCAUAAAGCCAGUUCAGCCCCGCACGGAGCCUGUGACCCACGCCCAAGGGCCCACGCCGCCAGCGCCUCCCGUCCGCUCCAUUGAGAGCAAAUUGGCAACCGCCGCCCUCAGCCACACAGAGGCCGCCAACCCCGCCAUCUUCCACAACAUCCUGACAGAGGCCUCCACGCCUGAGGAGGCCCUCGCCCAUCCUCCCCCUCCCCCGCGUAAGUCUUCCACCCAGCAGUCAGCCUACCUGUACCACACCAAGGGAGAGGCUUCCUUACUGGAGCCUCCCGGGGAGGCCUACUACCACCAACGGGCCAUUCCCGUGGGGCAGCCUUUGUACCACUACCGGCCAGACAGUGUUCCCCCACACCUCUCCUACGCGUCAAAGUCGGAGCCCCAGAUACCUUACAGUGCCCGCACGGACCACCGCUACAACACCCUAGCUCACCCCAGGUCCUGCCACCAGUCAAUGAAGCAUCACGGGCCUCCCAGGGGUGGCGAGUACAUAUCACCCGGCCCGGGACACCACGGCCAGGGCUAUGGACCCAUGGAGGGAGCCCCAGUCUACCCCACCAUCCGUAGGGUGCACUCGCUCCACGUGCCCUCAGCAAUCCGCUCGGUGCCCAUCCAGCGGACCGAGGUGCCUCCCGACGAUGAGCUCUUCUACUACCAGCGGCCCGUCUACCAGUGCAAUACCUACCAGCAGCCGCCGCAACAGUCCUCGCAGGCCGACUACCACGUCACCCAACUCCAGCCUUACUUUGAGAAUGGCCGGGUGCAGUACCGUUACAGCCCCUAUUCGCCUUGCGCCAACCCACUGGACGCCCCUUACUACGACGUGGACCCCUACGGGACCAUCCGGCUGCGGCACUUCCACUCGUUCAGCAGUCGGGACCUGGGCCCCACCCUCAGUCGGUCGGGGGGCAAGGCGGGCGGCUACCACUACCUGUCCCGCCACAUCCUCCCGCCGGGGAAGGAGCACAGCUUCGUCAGCAGAGACAUGCCCCCGGGCCAUGGCUCAAAGGGAGCCGCCGUCUACUUCGCAUGGAACCCAGAGGACUCGGAAAGGCUCCGGAUGCACUCCAUCCACAGAGAGAGCCGGGCCAGGCAGAAGGUCAAGGGACCUGUCAUGUCUCAGUAUGACAACGUGGGCCUGUUCAUGCCAGGCGACCUGGGAGGGUACGAAACCCUACACCUGCGCAGUAAGUCGGACCCUGGCAAAGCUAUGCUGAUGACUGUCGAGGGUAAAGACGGGCGCUACGGAGUACCGCUGGGCUCCCAGCACGCUCCCCGACACCUUGUGUCUGACCCCGACGUCCUCAUGUACAUGGAGACGGAGAAGCACUGUCAGGGGAACGGCACCGGGGACAAACAUAGCAACUCCAGGACCUGCCAGGCCUCCCACUCGCACCAAGCCCAACACCCACCCCGCUACCAGGCCCAUCAGCAGGACCCCAGCCGACACGACCCCGGGGACGGAGCACGGAGCUUCCAACCCCGCUACGAACAGCCCGAUCCAGACCGCCACCAGAACAGGUCCAAAAUCCCCGGUAGUUACCAGGACAACAAUGACCACCAACACCAGUCGGCCCCCGUCAAAGCACAGGCCCCUCCCAAGCCCGAGCGGUCGCACAGCAUCCGAGAGCGCCAGCAGCAGCACUAUAGCCAAGCUGCCACUUCCGAACCAGACAGAGACCACUCAUACCAGCCCCACGGUGGGCAGCAGAGACACAGCACCAUGGUGAUACAGUCCCACUACGACAACCUGGAUGAUUACCACCCAGCAGCAAUACCUCAGCCACAGGCCCCCAUGCCAAACCCCCGCGGGGUCUCCUCUGCCUCUUUCCCCACCAACCCUGGCUUCACGGGCAGCCACAGCAACCGAGCGUACUCAACUGCCUUGGGCCAGGGCGCCUUCAUCCCAGCUGAACUGGCCCUGCAGAGGCCCGAGACAGAAAUACACGCUGAAUGAAGAAGAGACUUGUAAAAAAAAAAAAAUAGUGCAGGUUUUAGUAAGCAAUGAAGUGACUCAGCUGGAGAUAAAUGUUCCACAGCCUCUGCAGGACAGUGGACUGUCGUCAGAACCUUUCGCAUUAUUUUUCUCUAUUUUUUAUGAAUUGUAAAGACAAUAAGAUACUUUUUAGAGAAUGUACCAUACUUUCUUCAAUUGUUCUAAGAAGCCACACAGUCGUGACUCAUUUAAAUGGUGGAUGAUCAUAUAAAUGUAUAUGAUAUAAGCGAAAGGUCCAAGAAACCAGAACCGCAAAAAUGUCAAAUAUGUGUACAAAGAAGAACUACUGGUAAAAAGGGAUUUGUUUUAUUUUUGUGUCCAGUUUUGUUUUAACUGGGACUGGGGAGGUAUGAGCAUAACAGGGAUGACGGUUUGCAUUUUAGAAAUGCAUGUUAUCUCCAAUCUCUUGUUUACCAUUGAUAUCCAUUGUGUACUUUCUGGAUGUUUCAGUACAAGUUGUCGAGGGAGGAAGUCUGUAAGUCAUCGUGCCCUCCCUCCUGUUUCUGUAUACACAAGGCGUUACAGUAUGUUCACUUUCAGUCUUCAAGCAUCUCGGAUUUGGGGUCGGGGCCCAAUAGUACAAAGUGAGUUCUAGAACUAGACAGGGUACUUUCACCUAGUACUGUUGGAUUAUGUUAAUAUUUUAUUUGCUCUGUGAUUGUGUAUUUUUGCUAUAAAACGGAGUGAAUUGAAUGUUUUGGAACCGAGAUUUGUUCUUCAUUGCAAGAGUGACCAAACAUUUUGGCAGAGUAUUUUUGGCCAUGAAAGCAUUCCUGCUGCACAUGUAUGGGUUGAUGACCGAGUGUGAGAAUGACAACGUUAUCUUGAGAGGUGUAACAGAGUAAUUCUUAAAAUGUGUUUGUUAUAGUCUUGUUUUUUUCUGCCAAUUUCAAAGGACUUGAAUGGACUGGACAACUUAAUAAAAUUAUAAACAUUUGUUCUAACCAAAAAACUGAUAUUGUACAACACUUCACACAAAUGAAAAUGCUUGGUCACCCCUUGAGCAAGUUGAAUUUACUCCAGCAAAGACAUUUUGAAAUAAAUGUACAUACUAAUUUUCAUAGAAUGUGAAAAAUAUGGUUUAUAUGUUCCUAGAGAAGUAAACCAUAAUUUAAUUUGAAUGGACCAUUUAAGAAAAUGUGGAAUAACUUCUAUGGAAUCAACUGUCUGCUUUCAGUGCAAUUAGUCAAUAGCCAGUCAAAUUGGCAGAGGAUUCAGAUUCAUCUCAUUCAAUUUCAAAUGCAGGUCAUAUUUGCAUUUGAAAACAUUUGACUAUAUUUCAGUUGUAAUGCCCAUUGGCUUGUGAAGGUACUGUUCUAUUUUGCCUUAUGGUCCCUACCUGUUUAAACGGAUACUAAACGGAAUACUCCCAGAUGUCCCUCCUUUGUUGUGGGGCUUCCUUACAGUAAGUGGCUAAAUAACCACCUAGUCGUGUUUGAAUGUGAAAACAUCUCUUGUCUCAGUAACUGGAGAGUUAUGCUGUUGGAUAUAACAAAUAAAAUUAUUCAGGAAAUAACAAUGAAAA